UGGUAGUGCAAUAUUGACAGCAAAUAAUCUCCCAAGCUGCCAACAACUGUAUACAGCUUUGCUGACUGGACCUUCCCACGCCUUUCCUUUCCCUUCCUUUCCUUUCCUUUCCUUCCCUUUAUUCUCUCUUUAUUUGUUCACUAUAUAUACCGAACAAUGAAAACUUCAAGCUUCACGACAUCCAUCGAUCUCUAGACUUGCAAAGCUUAAUUUGAUGGCACUGCCAAUGGCUUCUUCAAGCGCUUCAUUUAUGUUUCUGGCUCUUACCCUUCUUAGCUCUUUCCUGGCUCUCACAGCUGCUAACUUGUCCCAAGAUUUUGACAUCACGUGGGGAGAUGGCCGAGGGAAGAUGGCCAACAACGGCGACCUUCUUAGCCUCUCUCUAGACAAAGCCUCUGGCUCUGGAUUCCAGUCCAAGAAUGAGUUUCUCUUUGGAAAGAUAGAUAUGCAACUCAAGCUUGUUCCCGGAAACUCUGCUGGCACCGUUACUGCUUACUAUUUAUCCUCAAAAGGAUCAGCAUGGGAUGAGAUAGACUUCGAGUUCUUGGGAAAUCUGAGUGGCGAUCCUUACAUUCUUCACACCAAUGUCUUUAGCCAAGGCAAAGGCAACAGAGAGCAACAGUUCUAUCUCUGGUUUGACCCAACUGCAGAUUUUCACACCUAUUCCAUUCUUUGGAAUCCUCAGCGCAUUAUAUUCUCUGUGGAUGGAACUCCCAUUAGAGAGUUCAAGAACUCAGAAUCGGUUGGUGUUGCAUUCCCAAAGAACCAACCAAUGAGGAUAUACUCCAGUCUCUGGAAUGCUGAUGAUUGGGCGACAAGAGGUGGGCUUGUGAAGACAGACUGGAGCCAAGCCCCCUUUACUGCUUCCUACAGAAACUUCAAAGCCGAUGCUUGCAUUUGGUCCUCUGGAGCAUCUUCCUGCACUUCGUCUUCUUCCACCUCUACUAAUUCCUGGUUUUCACAAGAGAUGGACACUUCAAAUCAAGACAGGCUUAAAUGGGUGCAGAAGAACUACAUGAUUUACAAUUACUGCACAGACACAAAGAGGUUUCCCCAAGGCAUCCCUCCAGAAUGCAACACCUCCUAGAGAAACCAUUUAAGCACCCCCCAAAUUCUUUUAUUAUUAGUCUAUUCAUGUAAUUUCUAGGAUCCAAUUCUUUCAUUCUUUUUUCUGAUCAUUCUUUUCAUCGUUUGUUAUAUACGAUGUAAUCCAUAAUGUUGUCUCUAUACAAGCGACCGCUUUCUCCA